UUUUCUCUAGUCUAAUCCAUUUUCCACCAUUGUACCAGCUCUCGUCUUCGUCGUCGAAUCCACUGGUGCGUCGUAGAGUUCAUUUCUAUGUCUCCACAGAUCGAACACUCCUCAACAUGUCUACCGUUUUAUGAUAUCAACACAUAGCUCUUUCCAUCUUUUCUUGAAGAGCCAACUAUGGCUCUCAUGUACCAACAAUCACGACUCCACUUUCCAUUACCCUUUAUCAUCAAUCGCAGCUUAAACCAUUAUUGCCUUAAACCCCGCCUCCUUCUCAACUCCAAAACAACUGCACUCUUCUCUCUAUUCGCAACCCACUCACUUCCUCUUCCGCACUCUUCUUCUCCCAUUUUCCUCCCGUUUCUCCAAGAAGAAGAAGAAGAAGGAGAAGAAGAAGAACUUGAAGUAGAGGAAGAAAGAGACCAAGAGGAUGAUGACUCAAAAGACCCACUUCUUAGGUUUUUCGAGUCUCGAACUUCGACUAAAGACCCUCAACGAGAGGGCAGACUCUCCCUUAAGAAGAACCGUCGCUCUUCAUGGCACCUCGCUGCUGAUACAGACUUUGUGGACGAAACUGAAUCUGGGUCUGGUGUGGAAGAACUGCUUGAAAAGGAAAAUCUACAAAUGGGGUCGGAGAGUUUCGAUACGAGCCCAUUAGCUGAGACUGAGAAUGUUGUGGGAGAAAUAUUGGAAAUUGCGAAGACUUUGCCCCAAAAUUUGACAUUGGGGGAGGCUUUGGGUGGUUUUGAGAAAAGGGUCGGUGGGAAAGAGUGUGUAGAGGUGUUGAUGCUGAUGGGUCAGGAGAGGUUGUUCAUGGGCUGCGUGUAUUUCUUUGAAUGGAUGGGUUUGCAGGAGCCUUCACUGGUGACUUCUCGGGCAUGUUCUGUUUUGUUUCCUUUGCUGGGAAGAGCUGGUAUGGGUGAUAAGUUAAUGAUUUUUUUUAGAAAUUUGCCGAAGGAGAAGGAGUUCAGGAAUGUUCAUGUUUAUAAUGCUGCAAUUUCUGGUCUCAUGUCUUCUAAAAGGUAUAAUGAUGCAUGGAAGGUGUAUGAGGAAAUGGAAGUAAAUAAUGUGUGUCCAGAUCAUGUGACAUGUUCGAUAAUAAUUACUAUCAUGAGAAAAAUUGGCCGCAGUGCAAAAGAAGCGUGGGACUUCUUUGAUCGAAUGAACAGGAAAGGUGUCAAAUGGAGUCCAGAAAUUUUGGGUUCUCUUGUGAAAGCAUUCUGUGAUGAGGGUCUAAAGAGUGAAGCUCUUAUCAUCCAAAUCGAAAUGGCAAAGAAAGGAGUUUUUCCAAAUGCCAUUGUGUUUAAUACGCUAAUGGAUGCUUUCGCUAAAUCUAAUCGAGUUGAAGAAGCUGAGGGUCUCUUUGCUGAGAUGAAAACAAAAGGGAUUAAGCCAACGUCUGCCUCCUUUAACAUACUCAUGGAUGCAUAUACUAGGCGAAUGCAGCCUGAUAUUGUUGAAAAGCUUCUGGAGGAAAUGCAGGAGCUGGGUUUGGAACCCAAUGCCAAAUCUUAUACAUGUUUGAUUAGUGCGUAUGCAAGGCAGAAGAUGAGUGACAUGGCUGCAGAUGCGUUUUUGAGGAUGAAGAAAGUUGGUAUAUCUCCAACUUCACACACUUAUACUGCUCUUAUCCAUGCUUAUUCAGUCACUGGUUGGCACGAGAAAGCUUAUAUAGCAUUUGAGAAUAUGCAGAAGGAAAAGUUAAUGCCCUCCAUCGAAACUUAUACUGCUUUGUUGGAUGCAUUUAGGCGUGCUGGGGAUACUGAAACAUUGAUGAGAAUUUGGAAAAUGAUGAUGAAGGAAAAGAUCGAGGGGACUCGUGUAACGUUCAAUACUCUUGUUGAUGGAUUCGCGAAACAGGGUUGCUACAUGGAAGCAAGAGAUGUGAUUUCUGAAUUUGGGAAGAUUGGUUUUCAGCCAACGGUGAUGACUUAUAAUAUGCUGAUGAAUGCAUAUGCAAGAGGUGGACAACACUCAAAGAUGCCUCAGCUGUUGAAAGAGAUGGAAAAUCUCAAUUUGAAACCAGAUUCGGUAACUUAUUCAACCAUGAUCUAUGCCUAUGUCCGUGUUCGCGAUUUCAAGAGAGCAUUUUAUUAUCACAAGAACAUGGUAAAGAGUGGACAAGUUCCAGAUGUCAAGUCUUAUGAGAAGCUUAGGUCAAUUUUGGAUGUGAAAGCUGCUAGAAAGAACAAGAAGGAUCGAAGUGCCAUACUUGGGAUAAUCAAUAGCAAAAUGGGUAUGGUGAAAGCUAAGAAAAAGGGUAAGAAAGACGAGUUUUGGAAGUACAAGAAAAGGCACGUAAGAACUAUAAACUCUUCUACUUCUAGUAACAGUGAUACAUAAUCGUGUUUUUGAUAAGGCUUCUUAUAGCUCAAUCAUUCAACAAAAUCUUACAGAACUGUUGAUGUUUCACACUAGUUCUCUUCAAGCAAAGCAAGCUAAAUAGAGAAGUAUGUUAGAAGCUGUUUAGUAAUCUCAGUUGAGUAGAUUCAACAACUUGUGGUCUGUGACUCUGAGCUAAUACUUGGCCGGGGAACUGAAUGUAGUGCAACCAGUUUGAUAAUUGUAGAUAUACAUGAACUGUACUCACCCUUUUCUUGUCGGUAGAAGAACUUUGCAGCUUUAAGAUCAAUUCAAUCCACUAGUUUAUAUACUAUAUAAAUCACCCUGCAUAUGCUUAGAUUCUUCUAAAGGCUGUUUCAUUUUAUAUUUUUUUUCUUCAUAAUUUUGAUUUACCUUCUAAGUUACUCAUUCGUCUUUGGGCACUUGAAAUGUAAUCAACUACAAACACAUUUUAAAGCAUAUUUUAGUUAAGAAAACAGAUUAGACUGA